GAGUUUCACAUGCACCACUUUGUAGGGCUUCAAGGGGGAUCUGUGAGCUUGCAUGGGAAAAAAUAUUACACCUUGAGUCUCACUAACCUCUAACAAAAAUUGAGCAGGUCCUGAACUUUGAACGUUGACCACAAAUUACAGCAAUGUUAGUGUUGCCUGUGACUCAGUCACCAAUAGAAAUUCGGUAUUUUAUAUCACAUCGUAGAUGGCUAACCGAUACCUUGAAACAGUAUGACUUUGAAAUGAUGGCGGUUUUUAGACCUGCUGCUAGAUAGUGUUAUUUAAUGCAUGGACAAAUAAGCAUGUGUGUUACUAUGUCACAAUUUUAAAAAUAUUUUGAUCACCAUAUUUAAAUGUAAUUGACAUCCUCUGUAAUCCUGUGCAUUUCAUUUUAGGCAUUUAAAAAAUCCUGAAAAGGGUCCAUAGACCUCACCAGUCUGCCAGGCUCUGUGAAACAGCAGUCACAGAGCAGGGUUUUGGAGUGUUCUGGACACUAUGCCCCCCCACCGCUGUGCUGUCUCUUCUGUUGAUCAGGAAUUGACCUCCUGACGUGGCCUGUCCCCAAGAUGCCAGAUAAGAGUGAAGGGGAUGUGGACUGAUCUCCUUGGAUCUGGCCAAAGAACUGCGCUGGAGUCACCCUUGGUUCAUUCUUUUACUAUGCACGAGGAGGCAACUUUCUCCUAGAAGGCUGUAUCAAUCAGCACAGCAGUCGGUGUCUGGAACUGAACCCUGCAAUGUCUCCGCGGUGUGCCUGUUAAUUCAUUAAAUCAUCACAGCUACUCUGAGGAAGCAGGAUGGAAGAGAGGAGAGGAGAUCGGCCGACGCAGGAGCCGGAGUGAGGCGGCCGGGCCCACCAUGAACUCGCGUCUCCCUUCUGCGCUGUAGGAGCCGUCGGCAGGUGAAGUUGCCGGACAGCAAUGGCUCUCUUCGCUCCGUGGAAGCUGUCCUCGCAGAAGCUGGGCUUUUUCCUCGUGACUUUCGGCUUUAUCUGGGGUAUGAUGCUCCUGCAUUUUACCAUCCAGCAGCGAACUCAGCCUGAGAGCAGCUCCAUGCUGCGUGAGCAGAUCCUGGACCUCAGCAAGAGGUACAUCAAGGCGCUGGCAGAAGAAAACAGGAAUGUGGUGGACGGGCCAUACGCCGGUGUCAUGACAGCCUAUGAUCUGAAGAAAACACUUGCUGUGUUGUUGGAUAAUAUUUUGCAACGCAUUGGCAAGCUAGAGUCGAAGGUGGACAACCUGGUGAUCAAUGGCACAGGAACAAACUCGACCAACUCCACCACAGCUGUUCCCAGCUUGGUAGCACUUGAGAAAAUUAAUGUGGCAGAUAUCAUUAAUGGAGCUCAAGAAAAAUGCGUGUUGCCUCCUAUGGAUGGCUACCCCCACUGCGAGGGGAAAAUCAAGUGGAUGAAAGAUAUGUGGCGCUCGGAUCCCUGCUACGCAGACUACGGAGUGGAUGGGUCCACCUGCUCUUUUUUUAUUUACCUCAGUGAGGUUGAAAAUUGGUGUCCUCAUUUACCUUGGAGAGCAAAAAAUCCCUACGAAGAAGCUGACCAUAAUUCAUUAGCGGAAAUUCGCACGGAUUUUAAUAUUCUUUAUAGCAUGAUGAAAAAGCAUGAAGAAUUCCGGUGGAUGAGACUGCGGAUCCGGCGAAUGGCUGAUGCGUGGAUCCAAGCGAUCAAGUCCCUGGCAGAGAAGCAGAAUCUUGAAAAGAGAAAGAGGAAGAAAGUCCUGGUCCACUUGGGCCUCCUGACGAAGGAGUCUGGAUUCAAGAUUGCAGAGACAGCGUUCAGUGGCGGCCCUCUCGGCGAAUUAGUGCAGUGGAGUGAUUUAAUUACAUCGCUGUACUUACUGGGCCAUGACAUUAGGAUUUCAGCUUCGCUGGCUGAGCUCAAGGAGAUCAUGAAGAAGGCUGUAGGAAACCGAUCUGGCUGCCCGACUGUGGGAGACAGAGUCGUUGAGCUCAUCUAUAUUGACAUUGUGGGACUCGCUCAAUUCAAGAAGACUCUAGGACCAUCCUGGGUUCAUUACCAAUGCAUGCUCCGCGUCCUGGACUCGUUCGGCACCGAGCCAGAGUUUAACCACGCUAGCUACGCCCAGUCGAAAGGCCACAAGACCCCCUGGGGAAAGUGGAACCUGAACCCGCAGCAGUUUUACACCAUGUUCCCUCACACCCCGGACAACAGCUUCCUGGGCUUCGUGGUGGAGCAGCACCUGAACUCCAGCGACGUCCACCACAUUAACGAGAUCAAAAGGCAGAACCAGUCCCUCGUGUACGGCAAAGUGGAUAGCUUCUGGAAGAAUAAGAAGAUCUACUUGGACACUAUUCACACGUACAUGGAAGUGCAUGCCACUGUCUACGGCUCCAGCACUAAGAAUAUUCCCAGUUAUGUGAAAAACCACGGAAUCCUCAGUGGGCGGGACCUGCAGUUUCUUCUCCGAGAAACCAAGUUGUUUGUUGGCCUCGGGUUCCCGUACGAGGGCCCAGCUCCCCUGGAGGCCAUUGCAAAUGGAUGUGCUUUUCUGAAUCCCAAGUUCAACCCACCCAAAAGCAGCAAAAACACGGACUUUUUCAUUGGCAAGCCAACUCUGAGAGAGCUGACGUCGCAGCACCCUUAUGCCGAAGUUUUCAUCGGGCGGCCCCACGUCUGGACUGUUGACCUCAGCCAUCAGAAGGAAGUCGAGGAUGCAGUGAAAGCAAUUCUAAGUCAGAAGAUUGAGCCAUACAUGCCAUAUGAGUUCACAUGUGAGGGGGUGCUGCAGAGAAUCAACGCGUUCAUUGAAAAACAGGACUUCUGCCACGGACAGGUGAUGUGGCCACCCCUCAGUGCCCUGCAGGUGAAGCUCGCGGCACCCGGGCAGUCCUGCAAGCAGGUGUGCCAGGAGAACCAGCUCAUCUGCGAGCCGUCUUUCUUCCAGCACCUGAACAAGGACAAGGACCUGCUGAAGUAUGAGGUGACCUGCAAAAGCUCAGAGCUGGCCAAGGACAUCCUGGUGCCCUCCUUUGACCCCAAGAAAAAGCACUGUGUGUUCCAAGGUGACCUCCUGCUGUUCAGCUGCGCAGGCGCCCACCCCAGGCACCAGCGGAUCUGCCCCUGCCGGGACUUCAUCAAGGGCCAGGUGGCUCUCUGCAAAGACUGUCUAUAGCGGCCACCGGCCCGGCCCUGCACACACACUGCUGGGAAGACAGCGGCUCCUGCCCCGCCCUGGCAGAGCCGGGGGGCACACGUCAUUCAGGGACUCUCGCCAGAGCCUUGACUUUUUGGUGGAAGAUUUCGAUUUGGUGUCUCUCCCGCCAUGGUCAGAGCAUCACAGUGGCGUUUUCACCAAAACAAAAGGAGAGCAGGUGUCAGGCUGGGAGCCUGGCUUUUCUCCCUGGCAUAACUUUUAUUUUUUUUUGAGGAGCGACUGUAGGGAGAAUCCAUCGAUGCACCUGCUCAAGGAUAGAGCACGAAUCUCAAGAUUCAUUAAAACAAAACAAAACCAGAGAAGGAACUGAGCUGGUUGGAAAGAACUUUGUAUGGGAACAUUCCUAAAUCCAUUAACUUAUUUAUUUGGGAGGGAGGGAGAGGGUCAGGGGAGGGCAAAGAGGGAUUGGUCACAGGUCUUAUUUCUUUGAUUUUCCACUGUUUACCAUCUGCCUUCACUGUAAUGUUUUUUCUGUCUGCUUCAGGCAGUGGGCAGGAGGGAGAGAUGGCGCACUGUGGGGCUGGUGGCACGCUUGAGGGCAGCUGAGGGUAUCUAGCUUCUCAAAGCGGAUGGUGCCAGAACAAAAGGAAACCUUGUGUGUGCGCUUGAGGGGUGGCAGCUACGGGACAGGUACCGAUGUGGGGGGGCAGCCCAGCCAGGGAAAGAAGUACAAGGUUGGGAAAUUCACAUUUGGUGGUGGGUGGUAAAUCCAGAAAUGCAGGCCUGAAAGAGCUACCCUUGGUUUUAGUCGUUUAACCUCUAAGAGGGUUGUUUCUGAGCUGCGAGUGGACAGGAGGAGUGAAGCUGGCCCUGUGAACUGUGUCACCACUGGAGCUGGGCUCCAAACAGGUGAGCUUGUGUUACAUUCCUUCUGAUGGCUGAUAUCACCGAAGUCCAAGGACAGGGGCUCUCAGUGAAUGUGUUGGUCGCUGGGGCAGGCAGGGUGAAAGUGACCCGCUGUCCCGGCCACUCACCGGUGGGGGUGAGGGUGGGGUGGCUCUCAGUCCAGGCAUCAGUAUUCUGAGGGGAAUGAGCCAGUUGGCAGCCUGGCCUGGUCACACUCACUGGACCCCCUUCCAGCCCCGGAGCCCCUGCGCUCUCCUUGUGUGGGUUCCCCACCCGCACUAUGCACUAUUUUUGUGCUUAGGCUAUAAGUCUGUUUCCUGCGAAGCCUUCGCCUCCCUCCUAGGAAUCUCCCUAUUACGAGGCAGCUGUGGUCCACCCAGCCCUCGGGGUGGUUUCGAGUGCCUUGGUGGCUCUGGCAGUCCUGGCUUCCCAGCACCCUGCAUGCCCUCAGGCAGCUGGCCCAGCCUCAGGCUGGCAAGAAAUGGCUGGGUGGGCCUUUGAGAAGUGACACUAAAGGAAGGGUUCUGUUUCAUGAGGAGCAGGGAGUGGGGAGCCUCUAGGUAUGGGGAAUUACGUUCUGCCGUGCUUCCCUGGUGCGUAGGUAAUGCCAAAUGUAUAACCAGCCUUUUUUU